ACCUGGAGCUGCAGAGCGACGCAGCCUUGGGUGCAGUCGUCACUCGAGUCUGGCCACCAGCUUCCCGCUGCCCUGCGCGCGGCGGGCUGGCAUCGGGCCCGGGGUGAGCUGAUCAGUUCGGUGUGGCACUGUUUGUCGUGAGGCGAGGAAAAAACGGAGACUGAGACAAGAGAACUGCACAGGAUCUAUGGAGGGCUUUUCAUGGUUGAAGUAGGGCUUUUUACUCCUGGAAGCAAAGGAAGGAGGGGGACACUGUUUGGGAACUAUGGAGAUUGGUACGAAGAUCCUCCUGCAUGUCUGCUUCAGAGUCUGAGAUCACUGGAAGCAAGGAAGCAAAGAGGAAAUUAUCUCUGAUCAGUAUAACUGGUCUAAAGGUCUUGUGACUCUCUAUACUUUAGGGUGUUUCACCAAGCAAAAGAAGGAUAGAAGAGGGACCUUCCUUCAUGCAUUCCAGGUCUACUUCCAGUGGCAGCUCUCCUGACCUUUAAGUGGUUAAACACCAUUGUCCAGUCACACCACCCUCUUUCCCAGCCUGAGUGAGCCCUCCUAUACAGUGUUCCUGCCUUCAGCAGGGGUGAUUACAUGGGUCGUGUUCAGGACGUGGGCUGGGCCACCGCAGGACUGGUAAUCUGGGCUGGUACCUGUUACUGCAUUUACAGAUUAACCAAGGGAAGAUCUCAGAGUGUGAGCAGAUUUUCCAGAAAUGGGUCCAGAAUUGAGAUGGAUACUGUGGUUGGGGAAGAGAACCAGACCAUGGCCACAGGCGAAGCCAUGGCUGGCGCAGAGACUGAGACCAGAGCCGUGACUGAACCAAAAACUGGAGAAGGAGGUGAGCCUGUGGCUGAAGUAGACACCGAGGUCUCUUUUCUAGUUAGAUCCCAUAUCAACAACCAGGCCGAGACAAUGCUUGAGGAAAAGCUAGAGACUCAUUCUGAGAACAGUUUACUGGUGGAAACAAUGGUCAUGACAGAUGCAGAGACUUUCACUGAAGCCACAGCACAAGCCAAGGAAGUAACGAUGAAAGAGGCAGUUACACAAACUGACGUUGAGGCUGAGGAAGUAGGCAAGAAAGAGGCAGUGACUCAGACCAAGUCUAAAGCUUGGGCAAUGGCUGACAGGGCAGAGGUCAAGAAAGAAGCAAUGACCCAGACCAAAGCAGAAGCUCCUACACUGGCUGAAAAAGAGACAGAGAUUAACAGAGUAACAGUGACGCAGAGUGAGGUCUUGGCAGUGACCAAGGAAGUAGUCAAGAUUGGAACCAUGAAUGAGACUGGAAUUGUGGCGGAAGCCAUGAUGCCAGCACUGGAACAGACUGUGUGUGUGACUAGGACUCAGUCUGAGACUAGGCUUGAUGUCACAAUUGAUACUAGUGAAAAUCCCAAUGAUAUGCCCCUCAUAGUGGCUGGAGUGGACGUGAAAUCCUAUGCACAGUCUCAGGCUGUGACCAUAAUCCAAAAUGAUGACGUGAUCGACGAUGAGGCUGAUGACCAGGGGAAUCUCAAAAACACAUCUAAGGCAGGGUCUGCAGUAGAUAGAGACACCUCUGCUCACCCUCAUGCUGUUGCCAACAUUCUUACUGAAGCCAAGCCAGGGGCAAAGGAUGAUGCUUGUGAUAACAUAAGUGACAUUUGUGAAGCAGAGGCAGAUAUGAGAACUUGUAUAAUACAACCUGAGACUGUGGCCACGACACAGGCUGAGGCAAGGUCUGGUGCCACGACUGAUGAUGGGGAAGAUGCCAGUGAUGUAUUUAAGACAGUGACUGGUGCUGACAUAACUGAUACAGAUCCUCAAGCUGUUACCAGUGAUCAGACCGAAGCCAUGCCUGAUGACAAUGUUAAGGGUAAAGGUAAUGCCAGUGGCACGGCUAAAGCAGGGGCCAAAGCAAACACAAAAACCAAUUUGCAGACUGAUGCCUUGCCUGACCCUGAGGAUAAAAACAGAAGUGACACCAAUGGCGAGUCUAAGGCGGAGGCUAGUGUAGACGUGGCUUUCUGUACCCAGCCCGAGCCCGUGGCCAAUGUUCAGGGUGACGACCUGCCUGAUGGCAAAAUCAAGGCUAAGGACAAUGCCAACACCAUAUCUAAGGAAGGAACUCAGACUGUGGCCCAGAGCCAGGGUGAAGCCUUACCUAAUACUAAAGGUAAGGCGAGAGGCAAAGCCAAAGCCAAGUGUAAGGCAGGAGCUGCGACAGAUGUGAAAACAUGUGCACAGCCUCAAGGCGGAAUCAAAAGCCAAGCUGAGGCCUUGUCUGAUUCCAAGGUUGAUAGCAAGAGUGACUCUAAUGCCGUUUCUAAAGCAGGAGCAAAGGCAGACCAGAAAGCCUGUGCUCAGCCGCAGUCUGUGGUGAACUGCCAGAACGAGGCCUUGCCUGCUACUAAGACUAAGGUCAAGGGCAAUUCAAAUCCUAUGCCUAAGGCAGAGACUGGGACAGCUACAGCAGGCUCUGCGCAGACCACUGUUGUCACCAGUUCCCAAGGGGAGACCACACCUGGUGCCAAGAAUAAGGUCAAGGGUAAUCGGAAUUCUGUGCCUAAAGCAGGAGCUGGGCCAGAUACUACGGGUUCUACCCAGACCCAGACUGUAGCCAACUCCCACAGUGAAGCCUUACCUGGUGCCAAGAAUAAGGUUAAGAGCAAUCCCAAUAUUGUGCCUAAGGCAGAGGCUGGGGUGGGUGCCAGUCCCCAGCCUGUGGCCGUUUCCCAGGGUACUGCCUUGACUGGUACCAAGACUAAGGUCAAGGGCAAUUCUAAUGCUGUGUCUAAACCAGAUGCUGGGGCAGGUACAACAGGCUCUGCCAAGACGAUGGCCAAUUCCCAGGGCGAGACCUUCCCUGGUUCCAAGAGUAAGGUUAAGGGUAAUUCCAGUUCUGUGCCUAAGGCAGAGUCUGGGGCAAGUACAAUACUGGCUUUGGCUUCUUCCCAGGCUGAGGCCUUGCUUGGUGCCAGAAAUAAGGUCAGGGGCAAUUCUAACACUGUGCCUAAAGCAGAGUCUGGGUCAGGGGCAAGGGGCUCUGCUCAGUCCCAGGCUGUGGUCAGUUCCCAGAAUGACACUUUGCUUGGGGCCAGGAAUAAGAUUAGGGCCAAUGCUAGUACUAAGUCAGGAGCCAAAACAGGUACAAGGGGCUCUGCUCAGUCCCAGGCUGUGGUCAGUUCCCAGAACGAAGCCUUACUUGGGGCAAGGGAUAAGGGUCUGUCCAGCUCACAGGUGGGAGCCACUGCAGACAAUAAGACCUAUGCGAGGCCAGUGGCAGGUGCCGUGCCCGCUUCGGAAGUUGUGAGUGCAGCAGGUGCUCAGCCUAACAUGCACGAUUAUUACUGGAAUGGAAUUGGUGUUGAGGACUGGAUUGCUGCGGAGCGGUGGAUCAAAUUUAGGUUUCAGACCAUAGAUGGAGACUGGGAGAACAGUGUAUCCUGGGCCGAGGAUGAGAGUGGAGCCAGUGUGGGGCCCUGGAGUGGGGCCAGUGAUAAGCCUGGCAUGGUGAGUUCCUGGGCUGUGGCUUGUGAUGAAAGUAGCAUUAAGUCCUGGACUGGGGCUAGGCCUGAGAAUGAGGUUGCUCUUGGGUCCUGGGUAAGUGCUGGUGACCAGGCCAGUGGAGGACUCUGGGCAGGAGCUCAGGCUAGUGACGGGACUUGGACUGGGGCUGAGAACCAGAUCAGUGCAGGUUCUUGGGUUGUCUCUGGAAACCAGGCCAUUGCAGGGCCUUGGGCUGUGAGUCAGGUCACUGAUGGGACAUGGCCAGCAGUCCAGGCCAGUGGAGUGUCCUGGGUUGUGGACCAGGCUACUGGGACCUGGACUGUGGCUGAUAACCAGGCUGGUGCAAUGUCCUGGGCUGGAGCUGGUAACAUAGUUAGUAUUGGAUACUGGACUGGGGCUGUAGACCAGACCAACGCAGUGGCCUGGACAGGCACUGCUGAUCAGACUGUUGGUGAGGUCAAGCCAAGGUUUGAAGAUCAGGCCAGUGAAAAGGGGACCUGGGCUGGAGCUGCUGUCCAGACCAGUGGAGAGUCCAGGUUGGGACCUGAGGAUCAGUCCGGUGGAAGGGCUUGGGCUGAGACUGCAGACCAAGCCAGUGCAGCAUCCAGGCUUGGGACUGUAGAUCCAUCUGCUGGUGCAUCCUGGCCUGGCACUGGGGCCCAGGUUGUUGGAGUAUCUACAUCGGGCUCUGCAGAUCAGGCCAGUAGUGGGUCUUGGGCCGCCACUAGGAAUCUGGCUGGUGAAAGAUCCUGGACUGGGACUGGUCAGCAGUCUGAUGGUGGAUCCAAAGCUGGUUUUGAGAAUCAGACAGGUAAUGAGGGGACUUGGACCGGCACUGUUAGCCAGGCUAGUGGAGGGCCCAAGUCAGUGCCUGAGGAUCAGUCUGCUGGAAGAUCCUGGACAGAUUCUGGAGACCAACUCAGUGGAGGGUACUUGGUUGGGCCUUUGAACCAGGCCAAUGGAGAGUCUCAGCCUGGUUCUGGAAACCUGGCUGCUAGUGGAGUAAAUCAGUCCAGUGGAGGAGGAUGCUGGCCUGGUUCUGGGGACCAGUCUGGUGGAGAGUCUAGGAUGGGGCCUAGGGAGCAGUCUAAUGCAGAGUCUUGGCCUGGCCCUGGAGAUCAGACCGGUGGAUGGUACUGUACAUACACGCCCAGCCAGGACAUUGGAGGAGCCUCUUGGGGUGUGGCCAGUGUUCAGGAUGUUGGAGGGUCGAAGCCAGUACAGGUGAACCAGUCUAGUAGUGGUCCCUGGCUUGGAACUGGAACUCAGGUCGGUGGUGUGUCCUGGACUGGUGAUCAGGUUGGUGGCUGUCCCAAACCUGGAUUUGAGGAUCAGGCCAUUGGAGGAGGGUUCUGGGCUGGUGCUGGGGACCAGAGCACUGGAGGAUCCAGGCCAGCUGUGUCUGAGGGUCAGUCUAGUGGAGGAGUGUCUUGGGGUGGAGCUGGUGCUCAUGUCAUUGGAGGCUCUAGAACUGAUCAGGCCAGUGGUGGGUCCUGGACUGCCAUUGGGAGUCAGGUCAGUGGAGGGUCUUGGGUUGGGUCUGUGGAUCAGACUAGUGGCUGUUCUAAAUCUGGAUUUGAAGAGCAGGCACGUGGAGGAAGCUCUUGGCCUGGUGCUGUGGACCAGACUGGUGGAGAAUCCUGGCCUGGGUCUAGGGCUAGUAACGAAGCCAGUGGAGGGUCUAAGCUGGAUACCCAAGAGCAGGCCAGUGGGAGAUUCCUUGUAAGUGCUGAGGUGGAGGCCAAUGAAGGAUUUUGGUUUGGGCCUGGGAGUGAGGCCUUUAUAGGGUCUUGGUGCUGGACAGAAGAGGCUACUGUUUUGCCUAUAGCUGAUAUGAAGGAUGAGGCCAGUGUUGAAUCCACAUCAGGCACUAGGGAAGAAACCAGCACUAGUUCUGGAUUGGGAGAUGAAAAGAAGACCAGUACUGAAUCCUGGACCGGAGCGGAGGAGACAGCUUUUGCAGGCACCUGUGUUGGAGGUGAGCCUGAGAGCGUGGCUGGAGCUGAGGCUGGAGCUGAGGCUGGAGCUGAGGCUAAAGCUGAGGCUGAAGUUGAGGCUGAAGUUGAGGCUGAAGUUGAGGCUGAAGUUGAGGCUAAAGUUGAGGCUGAAGUUGAGGCUAAAGUUGAGGCUGAAGUUGAGGCUGAAGUUGAGGCUAAAGCUGAGGCUGAAGUUGAGGCUGAAGUUGAGGCUAAAGUUGAGGCUGAAGUUGAGGCUGAAGUUGAGGCUGAAGUUGAGGCUAAAGUUGAGGCUGAAGUUGAGGCUGAAGUUGAGGCUAAAGUUGAGGCUAAAGUUGAGGCUGAAGUUGAGGCUGAAGUUGAGGCUAAAGUUGAGACAGAGGCUAAGGUUACAGUUGAAACUGACGCUGGAGCUGGGCCUGAGGCUGGAGUCGAGGUAGAGGUUGAGGCUGCGGUGGGUGUGGAGACUAGGGAGGAGGCUGGGGCAGCAGCUGCAACUGCAGCUGAUUCUGAGACUAGGGCUGAGGCUGAGGCUGAGGCUGGUCCUAGAGUUGAGGCAGGGGCUGGGGCUGGGGCUGGGGCUGGGGCUGCAGCUGAAGCUGGAGUGGGGUUUUGGUCCUGGGAUGGAGAUGCAGCCACUAAAGGGUCUAGGCUUGGGGCUGAGGCUGAGGCUGGAGCUGGGGGAGGGGCCGAGGCUGAAGCUGAGACUGAGAGUAGUGUGGGCUUUUGGUUCUGGGAUGGAGAUGCAGCCACUAAAGGGUCUAAGCUUGGAGCUGAAGCCGGGGCCGAGACUGGAGCUGGGACAGGAUCAGGAGCAGAGGCUGAAGCUGUGACUGAGACCAGCAUGGGGUUUUGGUUUUGGGACGGAGAUGGAGCCGCUAAAGGGUCGAGGCUUGGGACUGAGUCUGAGGCUGGAGGUGGAGCAGGGGCUGAGGCUGUGACUGAGACUGUGGCAGAGACCAGCUUGGAACUUUGGUCCUGGGAUGGAGAUGCAGCCACUAAAGGGUCUAGGCUUGGAGCCGAGGCUGAGGCUGGGGCUGGAGUUGUGGCCGAGGCUGGGGCUGAGACCAGAGUGGGGUUUUGGAUUUGGAAUGAAGACUCAACAACUAAAGGGUCUGGGCUUGGGGCUGAGGCUGGGGCAGGAGUUGUUGCAGAGGGUGGGGCUGCAGCCAGAAUGGAGCUUUGGUCCUGGGAUGGAGAUGCAGCCUCUAAAGGGUCUAGGCUUGGGGCUGAGACCGAGGCUGGCUUAGGGUCUUGGACUUUUUCUACGGAUGUAAAUGAUGAUGAUGAUGAGGAGGAGCUAAGUAGAGAAUCCAGCCCUGGUAUUGAAGAGAUCAGUCUAAGGAACUUGUUUGGUGCUGAGAGUGAGGACAAUAAUGACCUCAGAUCUACUAAUGAAAAAGAUGCCAAUUCUGAAUCUGGGACUGGGGAUAAGGACAGCACUAAAGAUAAGUUUGAUGCUGCUGAUGGAGUUGACAUCCGGUCUUGGUUCUGUACUGGUAAUGAAAACAGAUGUGAGGAUGAAUCUACAUCUCAGGUGAAAGUCAAAAAGUCGACUGAACCAAGAGGCAUAUACCCAUCCAUGGUCCCUGGGGCAGGAAUGGGUGUAUGGGAUGGAACCAUAAUUUGUUCAGAGAGCAAGUUGUUACACCAAACCAGCUUUCCAGGUGAAGAUGGUUUCAGAAGGCAAGUCAAUACUGGAGACAAGGUGCAUUCCUGCAACUGCCGCUGUAAACGUGACGUCAAUCUGGAUCCGCAAGAUCUUGAGAAGCUCAUUUGCAUGAUUGAAAUGACUGAAGAUCCUUCUGUUCACGAAAUAGCCACGAAUGCUCUAUAUAACAGUGCUGAUUAUCCUUAUCCCCAGGAAAUUGAUCGGAAUAUAGGUGGGAUUUCAGUUAUCCAAAGCUUAUUGAGUAAUCCCCACCCUACUGUCCGGCAGAAGGCUUUAAAUGCAUUGAAUAACAUCUCAGUUGCCGCUGAAAACCAUAGAAAGGUUAAGACAUAUUUAAGUCAAGUGUGUGAAGAUACUGUCACCUAUCCCUUAAAUUCAAAUGUACAAGUGGCUGGACUAAGACUGAUAAGACACCUGACGAUUACUAGCGAGUAUCAACAUAUGGUGACCAAUUAUAUUUCAGAAUUUCUCCGUUUGUUGGCUAUGGGAAGUGGAGAAACUAAAGACCAUGUUUUGGGAAUGCUUGUGAAUUUCUCUAAAAAUCCAUCCAUGACAAAAGACUUGCUCAUUGCCAAUGCACCAACAGCACUGAUUAACAUUUUCAGCAAGAAAGAGACAAAAGAGAAUAUCCUUAAUGCCCUUUUACUUUUUGAAAAUAUAAAUCAUCAUUUUAAAAAGAGAGCAAAAACAUAUCCCCAAGACAGGUUCAGUAAAAGUUCCCUUUAUUUCCUGUUUCAACGACCUAAAGCCUGUGCCAAGAAACUUAGAGCCUUAGCAGCAGAUUGUAGUGACCCAGAGGUGAAAGAAAGGGUUGAGGUAUUAAUAAAUAAACUCUGAUUGGCUAUCUGUUCCCCCCAAAGUUUGAGUAACAUUUUGGUUUUACACCCUUGACAUGAUGUACAUUGUAAAUUGUAUUAGAACUGUGAAACUAAUGUUGCCUAUGAGGGUCUAUAGCUGAACAAUUUUAUGAACACCAAAUGAAUUCAAACUUGUUCUGGAAAUACAUGUGUCAAUUUUUAUCUUGUCUGGAUUGAGAUAUUUUAGUAUGCUUCAUGAGCAGAAACCAAACUGAUUCUUCAUAAGUAAGGUAAUCUUUGGUCCUUUGUGUGGACUUAUGUUUAUACAUUUGAGACUUUAUUUUUAUGUCAUCAAUAAAGUUGUGUGUUUUAAGAAGCAAAAAA